UUUCGUUUUGUCAAAUUUUUAUCAUCAUCAAAAAAAUAUUAAAUUAAAUAAAACAGCACUUAAUAUGGCUGAAAGACAUGAAAAUCCAUACGAUAUGAAUAGCUCUAGCUUUGAUGCUGAUAAGUACCUAAACAAAUUACUUAAGUCAUGUAAUUUGAAACAAAUUAUGGAUACAGAGGCAAUUAUCGUAAAAGAUACGCAAACAUUGACAUCAGAGAUGCAGACAUUAGUUUAUGAGAAUUAUAAUAAGUUUAUCUCAGCAACAGAAACGAUUAGAAAGAUGAAAACUGAUUUUCUAGAAAUGGAAAAUGAAAUGAAAAAGUUGGCAGAUAAUAUGAAGGAAAUAACAGAUUCUAGUGACCAAAUAACUGGAACGCUACAAGAAACAAGAACAGAACUUACGAAAUUGACUGAGAAAAGUGCACUACUUAAAAAAUUGUCUGGAAUUUCGUCACUUCCAUCAAAACUGACACAAUUAGUCAAUGAACGGAAUUACAUACAGGCUGUUCAAGAAUAUACUCGAGCAAAACGAGUAUUAGAGCUAUAUGGCAACCAGCCAUCAUUCAAAGGAAUUCAAGAAGACUGUGCAGUAAUCAUGUCAAACUUACAGACAAUUCUCAAAGAAGACUUCCAAAGAGCUGAUAAAAAGACAAUCCACCUCACAGAAACUGGAGAUCUACUUCUUCAACUCGGCGAAAGUCCAUCAAAUCUUUCAAAAGAAAUGCUGCAAUUCGCUACACAAAGAUUACAUGACGAACUAAUUCUUCUUAGUGACCAAACUGAGCGUGAUAUGAUCGAUUUUGUAGAUAUUGGAAUUGAGGGAUUUUUAAAUGACUUGACGCUAGUCACAAGCUCAUUUUACGAAAUGUUUGUGACGAAACAUUUUGAGUGCGAAGACGACAGUUUCCAAGAAUUAGCACGAUCGAAUCUCAAUGAGUUUGUAAACAAAAAUAUGACUGCAUAUUUGAAUUUGGUCCAAGAAAGAGUCGAGAGUGAGACGGGUGAUACACAAAUAUUAUUACGUGCUCUAGAUCGUCUUCAUCGACGUUUAUGUGCAAUGAAAAAUCUCGGAAGAGGAAUCGAAAUUUCGCGUACAGGAAUUGACUUGAUUAUUCACUCCGUACAGCAGCUAUGUCAGACACAUUAUAAAAUUUUAAAAGAUUCAUUUAACGAUAAUUUAAGUUCAAUUAGAUUGACUUUAGUGACAUCGAAGAAUGAUGGGAGCUUGACGGAAUUGAUUGAUACGCUUUAUGUUAACACAAUUGAGAAGGUUAAGGGUGUUCUGCAAGAUCUUUUAGUUUUCCUUAAUCCAGAAUGGUCUUUUAAUAUAAAAAUGGACCAUAAAGGCAUUUCGUGCAUUGAAGGAAUUCGCGAGAAUCUUCUAGUUGCUUUCUUGCGUCAUAUUUCGACUGUUGUGACAUCAUUUUCGGAUAUAAACUCAUCAUGUCCGGCUAAUCUCUUGUUAGUGCUCUCAAAACUUUGUUUAAAGCUCGAAAAAGGCGGCAUUCGAUCGCUCUUGAAUCUCGUCGAUGAACUUUAUGAAAUUGAUUCUGAAAAUUCCUCAGUUUUGACUCACGAAACAGAACUAAACUCAGAAAUACUGGAAUCUGCAAAAACAUUACUCGAUGCAUAUGUUCGAGUUCAAGGCAUGAAUGUCUCACAAAUGCUCCGUAAAAGUGUCGAAACUCGUGACUGGAUAAAUUGUUUAGAACCUCGAUCUGUUCGUGCUGUAAUGAAGCGAGUUGUUGACGAGCUGACAAACAUUGACGGAACUUUGGAAGAGCUUUUUGAGUCUGGACAACUUAAUACGACAACAAGCAGUGACUCGAGUAGAAAAACUCAUUUUAGUAUGUCAAUGCAAGGAAAAUCACAAUAUCGAUCAACCUUAUCUAACUUUACAUCUUCACAAGCUGACAAUAGUUUAGUGCAUCGAUUGUUUUCAGAACGUGUCGAUAUUUUUAAUUCAUCUGUUGACUUCUCAAAAGUCUCAAUCAUGAGUGGAAUCAUAAGAAUCAGCUUAAAAACUUUAUUAGAAUGCGUGAGAUUGAGAACGUUCAGCAAAUAUGGACUGCAGCAGAUACAAGUCGAUGCACAUUAUCUACAAUUGAAUCUCUGGCGAUUUGUUGCGGAUGAAAACAUUAUCUACAUCCUUCUUGACGACAUUCUCGGGUCAGCAGUGCUCAGAUGUUUAGAAAAAAAUCCCUCAGGCAUGCUGAUGGAACCAAAUGCUGUGGACUUAAUCGUCGAGAGGUUUUAAAUGAAACAAUUAUGAUUUAUUGUGAGUCUUAAUACAGUUAAAUUAUUUAUUGUAAUUUUUCUUUCUUCAUUUAAGUUUUUUUUUUCUCAAUGGACGAGGGAUUGAAUAAUUGAAAUUGGAGAAUUUCAGUAUUAGCUGCAAUUGUGAGAAUUUUUAUCUUAAUCAACAUAUGUUGAUACUCACCACUAUACUACCG